AGAAAAGGCAACGCGUACAACGCCGAUCUCUUUUGCUGGUCUUUUUAGUUCCGGGAUGAGGAUUUGACAACGGUGACCACAGCAUAGGGUGGCAGCUCUCCGUAGAAACCAAUGGAAAAGACGCGUCCCCAAAUAAGCCGGAAGAGAAUCGGGGGGAAACAACAACCUGACAUACAGGAAUGAGCGUGCACGAAUGAAUGUGCAAAUCUAACGCGGACGAACGGCGGAACACGGAGAUCCGGUUGAGCGCUCUCGUUUCUGCGCCAAGUGGGCGAGCAAAUGAGCCAAUCAGGCUCGGAAUUUACAGAUCGGGAUCUGGCGGGCGCCGGGCAAAGCCGCCGCUAUGGGCUGCAGCAGGGGAUCAAAGCCCUUUUCUUUGACUUGGACAACACCUUGAUCGACACCGCCGCUGCAAGCAGGAGGGCCAUUGCAGAGGUAAUCAAAAUUUUACAAUAUGAGUAUAACUACACUGAAAGAGAAGCUGACAUGGUGUGUGAUAAGUUCCAAGCCAAGCUGUGCAAAGAAUGCUUUGAUCCAUCUAAAAUAUCUAUUACUAAUCUAAGGAUCCAACAUUGGGAAGGAGCUAUACAAGAAGUAAAGGGAGGAACAGCCAAUCAGAAGCUGGCUAGAGAAUGUUAUUUUCUUUGGAAAACCGUCCGCCUGAAACACUUGACUUUGACAGAGGAAACAUGCAAGAUCCUCAGGGACCUCAAAAAAGUUGUCCCUUUGCUUCUGCUCACAAAUGGGGACACUGAGACACAAAGAGAAAAGAUCGAAGCUUGUGCCUGUCAGGAAUUCUUUGAUGUAAUUGUUGUCGGGGGAGAGCAAAAAGAAGAGAAACCAUCGCUCUCCAUUUUCCUUCACUGUUGCGAACUUCUUGGAGUUCAGCCGGAGGACUGUGUGAUGAUUGGAGACUCUUUAGACACAGAUAUCCAAGGAGGGUUGAAUGCAGGUUUAAAGGCAACUAUUUGGAUAAAUAAAACUGGAAUAGUUCCCAAGGAAAUAUCUCCUGUUCCUCACUAUACUAUUUCUUCUCUUCUUGAUCUCCCUGGACUUUUAGUAGAACAACAUUUUGUAAUGAAUCAGAUGCCAGAUAAUGUACAUGACAGUCUCACCAAGUAAUUUAAGAAUUUAGUCUCUUCGGUUUACAGUUAAAGGGUAUUUCUACUUACAAAGUUUACAUUGAUUUACCCAAAGUACUCUGUUCUAUCUUCUUUUUUUAAAAUUUUCACAUCCUGUGCCACAUUGAACAUAUUUGAGCCUAUUACAUGCUGUUCGUGUGAAGUCAGAGUGUGACUCUAAGACAGAGGACUGUAAAGACGUGGCUAUUUUUUGCUGCUCCAAACCAGAAUCUUGCCAACUAAUUA